AUGGCCGCCCCCUGCUUUUUCUCCUCACCCUCGUCUUCUUCUCCUCUAAAGCUGAUUCCCAUCUCCCUCCUCCUCCUGUCCUACACUUUCUUCCUCCUCUUCUUCCCCCCUCCUCAUCCCCUUCACCUGACCCAUUUCUCCUUCUCCUCCAAAUCUCCUCGUCGCGGCCGCAUCCUCCUUCCCCAGUCCUUCUCAUCCCAGUCGUCGUCCCACUGCGGCGGCGACCCCCCUGGCCUGCUCAACUACGCGGCCCUCCACUUCUGCCUGCUCUCCGGCGACCUCCGCCUCUCGCUGCCCUCGCUCUCCCUCCUCCUCCUCCUCCACUUCCGCCUCCUCGCCUCUGCCGCCUCCCUCCACUUCUCCCCCGCCGUCUCCCGGCUCGCCGCGCGCCUCCGCCUCUCACCCAGCAUGGCCGCCGUCACCCUCCUCUCCCUUGGCAACGGCGCUCCCGACGCCUUCGCCUCCGCCGCCGCCCUCCGCGGCGGCCUCCCUCGCACCGGCCUUGCCGCCAUCCUCUCCGCUGGCACUUUCGUUUCCGCCUUCGUCGUCGGCGCCGUCACCCUCCUCGCCGCCCCCUUCCCCCUCGACCCCGCCCCCUUCGUCCGUGACGUCUUCUUCUACCUCGUCGCCUCCUCCGCCCUCUUCUACAUCUACCUUAGCGCCGAGAUCUUCCUGUGGCAGGCCGUAGGGUUCAUUCUCUUCUACCUCUUCUUCGUCGGCUUCGUAUUCUACAUGGAUUUGGCCGCGGAGUGUAAUGAUACAAGGGGGAGGGAGGUGCAGGCUAGGAUGGUGGAUGAGAAAGAGGCUUGUGGGCAGAGGAUGAUUCUGCCCCAUGCAUUGAAGCUGGAAACAAAGCAAGUGGCGGAGGAUAGUAAAUCAGGCCCGGGAUUUUGUGGCCUGAUCAGAAAGAUAACAAAAGUUUGGGAAGUUCCUAUCACAGUCCUCCUCAAGCUUACUAUACCGUCGUCAUCACGGGCUGAAUGGAACAGGUUCUAUGUCUCAGCUAACAUUGCCUUAUGCCCUCUCAUUCUUCUAUAUUCGUUAAGUUCGUUCGUCGCAUUGGACAGCCAAAUAGUAUUCUUUCUCCCACGUACCCGCUUUCCACUCUGGUCUAUCAUCCUAUUUGUAAGCCUCUGUCUCGCACUAUAUCACUUCAUUUUCGAGAAAGAACCCCCAGAGACAGAGUGGACAGUAGCAAUCACCUUAAUCUCUUUCAUGAUGAGUGUGUUUUGGAUCUCGACAAUGGCGGGGGAGCUCUUGAACUGCCUUACCGCAAUCGGAAGCAUCAUGAAUUUCCCGCCGGCGAUCCUUGGCUUGACGGUCUUGGCAUGGGGGAACUCGGUGGGCGACCUUGUUGCUGACGUGGCGUUGGCCAAGGCUGGCCAGCCGGCGAUGGCCAUGGCUGGGUGCUUUGCGGGCCCUAUGUUUAACAUGCUGGUUGGGCUGGGAACGGCGUUUGUGGUACAGACAGCGAGAGUAUACCCGAAAGCAUAUGAACUCCAGUUCAACAUUGGGAUUGUGGUUGCUUUUGUAUUCCUCCUUUGCAGCUUGAUGGGCUCGCUAUUGGUGAUUACAUGGUAUGGAUUUCGGGUACCAAGAUUCUGGGGAUACUGCCUUGUUGGGUUGUACGUUCUUUUCACCGCAGCGGGCUUGGCUCUUGCGAGAUUAUCUGGUUGAGAUAUAUCAAGCGGUAGCUGUGGUCGAUGAUAUUUGAUCUUCGCCCACAAUUCAAGUUAUAUGGUGAUGAAUUUAGUGUUGGCAUCUGCUGCAACCGUCUAGUGCGUACCUUAAUGUCAUGGGAGUCCAACUUCAUGGAGUUCUUCCCUCUGCAAACGAAACAUGCUGGGUUUCCAACUUCAUUGGAGUUCUUUCCACUGCCAAUGAAACAUAUCAGAUGAUACUACAGCUGGACGCCAGACCAACCAUGUUCAGUAUGGUAAUUGAGCUUGGUGUGAAUCACAAAUGUCAGAUAAAAUUCUUAUGAAAAAUAAUGUAAUGGUA